CUGAGAUAAAAAUAAAGUUUAAACGUUGAAGCAUAGAAAUGAAAUCGAAGCCAAUUGCAAUUAGGGCUUUUGGCCAACGCUCUAUUGCUUCAACACUCCUCUAUCGUUCUUCGAAUCCUUUUAAAAAUACUGAAGGAGAUGUAAAUGACAAAUUAGCUGCUCAGAAAGCAUCAAGCGUAUCAUUGUCAGAUUUUCUUGAUCGAAAGUUGCACAAAAGUUCUGUGCAACCUAAAACAAUUCAGGGAAAGUCGAGUCCCUUUUCGACACCAGUGGGUCUGAGAAAUGCUGGUGGCAACACUGAUGGACAAAUGGGGAUUAAGAAAGAGGUGGAAGAAGAGGUAAAAAAUGUUCUUGAUAAAGAGAUUCUUGAACAGUUCAAGCAUACUGGUAAUGAAAAAGGAGAGGCCAUGGGCUCCUGUAGCGUUGGUGAAGUUGAAAUUUCUAAUGUAGAUAAUGUGAAAGAAUCGAAAAAGAGAAGGAACCCAUUUGAAGAUGCAUUCAGCUCAAAGAAGCCAAUAAUCUCAGGUGCAGAUGAGAAGCAUACAACUCGAAAGCCUUUUGUAGUUCUGGGAGAUGAUUCAAAGUGGAACCGAAAAGGAAGGGAAAAGAGCUCAAUAAGCAACAAGAAACCAAGACCUUCCUAUAACCACUAUGCUAACGGUAGAGGCUGGUGGGACUGUGACAUGGAAGGUGUUGAUGAUGAAGAAGUGGGAUUUGGUCAAGUGUGGGAAGGUGUUGGCUCUACCACAUUUGGAGGAAUAGAAUGGCACUGAUUUUGGUUCCGUAAUAAGUGUUUUGUGUAGAUGAAAAUGCUUCUAGUUCUUUAGGUAAUCUCUGAUGGUGUUUUGAUAAGCUUCUGUAUUAAACAUUAGUGAUUAAAAAUCAUUAUUAGGAAGUGAUGUUGCUAGUGAAUUAUUAACUGAUCAGUGAUAUGCAUCACCUGUUGUU